GCAUUGCGUUUGUUCCUUUUUAAUUGGCACGUUAUAUCCGGCUUAUCGAGAUUUUGGCCAGCCGACAAUUGUUGCAUCAAUCUGACAAUCUGUGACGAGUCAAGAAAUUUCCUUGCAUUCUUCUUAAAUAAGUCAGUUAAAAGAUGGAAAAAUCAGCAUUAGCACAAGAGAAGGUAUGGUUCGACAAACCAUCGUACGACAAAGCAGAACGACUAUAUUUUGAGAAAAUGGCUAAGGUUGUGACCCAUAAAAUAAUGGAAAGCUGCUCCUUCAAAUCUGAAAUUUCUGUAACUAAUGACUGUGAAGAUAUUUUGAAUUGUAACUCUUCAUCGAAAACGAAGUUUGAAAAAUCUAAAGAUAAUAAAUUAUUAAUUUCUGAAAAUAUUCCAAAUGACAAUCUAAAAAAUCUUAAAACAAAUGUUUCAAAGUCAAAUAAAGAUGAGAAUGAAUACAAUAUACAAAAAAGAGAAAACGUAGAAGAAAGGCAAAAGUCUGAUAAUAUUGAGAAUGACAUAAAAAAGAAGGAGAACAUUUCUUCGAAUGAUAUGUCUAAGAAGUAUAAUACAAAAGAAGUAAAAGAGAAAAAGAAUAAAGCGGAUACAAGACAUAGAAAUAAGGGAAAAGGAAAAAAUGAUAUUAAGGAAGUGAAAGAAAAUGUUACACCUCCAAUACGGAAUGAACAGCAAUUACCUAAUCAGGGAAAUCAACAAACUACUAGUCCAAUCUUAUCUGCUGGUGGAAGUUUAGCCAAUGAGGUCGCCAAGGCUCGUCAACAUAUUAAACAAUCUUUACAGUGUAUGGACGAUAUUGCAGCUGUUGCUGGUCUCAUUACUCCGAACGACAGCAAGAAAGAUAAUGCAGAUCAAGUUAUAGAAGAAUUAAGGAGUAUCAUUAACAAACUGGAGAAACGUGUUAGAGCCCUUGAAGACAAGAUUAAUCAAAUCCCAAAUGAAAAGUCUGAUCCAACUCGAAAACAAAAACAAGAAAAAGCCGAUGACGAGGAUGUUGAUCUGUUUGGUUCAGAUUCCGAGGGAGAAGAUGCAGAAGCUGCAAAAAUUAGAGAAGAAAGAUUGGCUGCAUACGCUGCAAAGAAAUCCAAAAAACCAGCAUUGAUUGCCAAGUCAAACAUAAUAUUAGACGUGAAACCGUGGGACGAUGAAACGGACAUGAAGGAUAUGGAAACCGAAGUACGAAAGAUUGAGACUGAUGGUCUUUUAUGGGGAGCUGCGAAACUUGUUCCUCUGGCCUUUGGAAUUCACAAACUACAGAUUUCCUGUGUGGUAGAAGACGAAAAAGUUUCGGUGGACUGGCUCACAGAAAAAAUUCAAGAAAUUGAAGACUUUGUACAAAGUGUCGACAUUGCAGCUUUUAACAAAGUAUAAAAGCAUUAUAAAAACUCUUUUGGUAGAAGAUAUCUGACGGUUCUAAUUGCAAUCAAGCAUUGGUCUGUUGUGCCAUCUCUUCAUUCCACUAGCAAUAUCUACCUUGAUGAGUACAUUAUGUACAUCUUAUAUGUUAAAUACGAUUGUCCAGAAAUUAUCAGAAAUCUAGCCGUUGUAUUCCAAUUUUAAUACUCGAUGGGUCAAUUUACGAAACAAUAUCUAAGAACUCUAAUCAAUAAAGAUUUUAAACUGCGCGCAUCAUUGCAUCAGUGUAUUCAAUACAAACUACUGUAAUCUGUAAAUGUUUAUAAUAUAAU